AUGAACUGUGUGCCAGAACUUGACGACAAGGAAUGCAAAUUGUUCUACAACCAGGACAGGGAAGAAAUAGCAAGAAGGAAGAGGAAGGGGGAUGGGGACGUGUUCCUCAUGAUCCGGCGCCACAAGACCACCAUCUUCACGGACGCCAAGGAGUCGAGCACCGUGUUCGAGCUGAAGCACAUCGCCGAGGGUAUCCUCAAGCGGCCGCCGGAUGAGCAGCGGCUGUCCAAGGACGACCAGCUUCUGGAUGACGGCAAGACACUGGGCGAGUGUGGCUUCUUCACCAGCCAGACAGCACGGCCUCAGGCCGCCGCCACUGUGGGGCUAGCCUUCAGGGCAGAUGAGGCAUUCGAGGCCCUGCGCGUCGAGCCCUUCUCCAGCCCACCUGAGCUGCCUGGCGUGAUGAAGCCACAGGACUCAGGAAGCAGCGCCAACGAACAGGCUGUGCAGUGAGAGGCCGCCCCAAACU